GAAAGUUCAUAGGAAAAUGUGAAAAGUUUUUUGUUUUUUGACAGGAGUAAUUUUUUUUUGACAAGAGUAAUGAUUAAAAAAUUAAUAUGAAUUAAUUGUUAGCACUUGAGAAUUUGAUUCUUAGACCGGAUGAACAUUUUACCCCUCAAAUAAAGCGCGCAACGCACGGCCAUCAGAUCACUUUUUGAUGAAAUUCACGACGGUGGUAGAACUCGAACCUCUGACCGCCUCACCCAAGCACUUAAGACUUGGGGUCGAUGCAUUGACAGGAAGUAAUAUCUUAAGGAAUUUUGAGAGAAACAUUCAGAGGACUCGAACACGAGUUCAGUUAGAAUUUUCACGUAAAAAGUUAUCAUUUGCCCUGCCUAAGGCUUUUUGAAGGAAAAUGCCUGCUGUAACGAAAAUAAAGAGUUUUUUUUUUUUUUUACUUACGAAUGUCAUAAAAAUACAAACUAAUGAUAUAAUUAAUAUUUUUUUAUUUAAUUUAGUUAUUUUAAUUUAAUAUUUUUAUAAAAUUUAAUCAAAUAAUUUUAUAACAAAAAAAUAAUAAUUAAUUUUUUUUCUUUUCUAUAUGUAAUUUUUUUCAAGUAUUUUUAUUUAAAUUUUUAAUAUUGUUCACUGAAUUAUGUAGCGAGAGGGAUCUAAAAACCCUGGUGAUGUACUAGCAGCCCUCAGUGGGCUGACCAUAUGUAUCAAACAUUUUAGCUCAUACCAAGGUCCAAGUCCUUCCUCUAAAAUUUUCCCUCGUUCAAAAAAAAAAAAAAAAAAAAAACCAACCUCCCAAAUGACUAUGGUCCCUGGAGCUGUGGGAGAACAGUUGCUUGUACCAUCGUGUGAGGUUUUUUAUCUAAUCUAUUAGCCUCUUCUUACCUAGUUGGAAAGAUAAAAUGGUAAGCGUUUUGAAGGGAUAGGAGGUGGCAAGGAAGGUACGGAGUUUUGUUGGUGGUGGUGUGCUGGACAGAUAGGUGAUGGUGGAUGGGAUUGCUACAAUUGCAUUGGGUCAAGGUGGCCUAGGUGGAACUUCAGCAGAUUGGGGUGUGGCCAUCAGCUCUUGAUUGCUGGUAGUGUGGGUGGAACUGGUCGGUUGUAGAAGGUUGAGGGUUGAGGGAGGCGCUAUGUUGAGUGGCUUGUUUGUUACUUUGGUGUGGAUUUUUUAAUCACUAAGUCACUAAAAAAUAAAAAUGUUAAUAUUAGAUUUAGCAUCAAUGUUAUAUGUAUUAAUUUAAUUAAUAAAAGCUUAUCCACUCA